UUCAGGUUGAGGAUUACCUCCAGGUAGCGAGCGUGGUUCGCGCUCAGUCUUCCCAAAUUUCUUCUCUUGAAACCGAAGUUGCAAGUCUUCAAGGUCAUGUAUUUCUGCUUCGGAAGGAACGUGAUUCACUUAAUAGAUAUCUAGCUACCAGCGAAGGCUGCUCGAGUCAGGAAUGAUUUGCUAGCAGAGGUAUUCAAUCUGUCUGAUCUUGCUAUCGCCGCGAAUUUAGAUAGAGAAGCUCUUCUGGUAUCGCGUUAGGCAUCUUCGGGGUGUUGUUGAUCAAUGGAACGAUGAAAAGGCGACCCUAGCUAGCGAAAAGAAUGAGGCUGUUAGAGCUGGGGUGAGAGCUCUCCAAGAUUGUCAAAGGGAGAAUCACGAACUUCGCGUGAUUCUCGAGAAAAUUCGAGUUCACCUUAGGAUUGAAGGCAUUGAUGACUUUGACAAGGCUUUAGGCGAGAUUGAGGAGAAUAGGGUUACAGCCGUUAAAUACAUUAGUUGGGUAGAUCAUCACAAGAAGAUUUUAGAUUCAGUGAUUAUGCAGAAAGAAGAGAGUGAGAAGAGCCUACGGGUGGAGCUGAGUUCUUUGAUGGAGAAACUUGAGAAGUCGCAGCAAGAGUUGGCGAUCUUUAAAAGUGGUGAAAACUCUUCUUCGCAUCAGUCUACUGAUCUGUCUUGGAAACUUUCUUUGGCGAACGAUGAACUUCUUCGCGUUAAGACUGAGGCUGAGCGAUAUAAGGAAGUUAUGGAGGCUAGGUACGCAUUGUUAAAGCGUCGCAAGAAAGCCCAACUUAUCAAUACUGACCGCGAAGCGCAGAGAUUGUGUAACAAGGUUGCUAGGGAUACUUCCGACCUUGUUACUACUGAGAAUGGUCUUCCUACUAGAAAAUUUCCUGACGUUCACGUGCCUCCGGAUGAAGUUGUUGAGUUUGGGUCUAGCGAUGAAGAUGAGAUUUCUGAUGGCGAGGAAGAAUUUGAGGAGGAGGAUGCUGAUGGCGAAAAUGUUGAAGGCGAAUUUGAGGAUGAAUUCCUUGGAGACGUCAGAAAAAAUGGAGCUGACCAAGCUGACAAAGCUGUUGUAAACGAUGCUGAAGGUGAUCAUCAACCAUCUCGGGGUGCAAGGAAGAGACAACAAGUGCAUGUUUUGUCUUCUCAGGGUGGCGCUUUAGAUUCUUCGUAGCCUGGAGCCACUGACCCUCCCUCAGCGUCUUCUCCUUCUCAUGAUUGGGUUGCCUUUUAGUUGCAUUCUCCUUUUAAGACAUUCUUCUUUUUACUGUAUGUUUUUGUGGGCUCUCCCAAGCUUGGGGGGCAUGACUUGAAUUUUUGUUGAAGUUGGGAUAUGUCUUUCCUGCGUUAGAAAAA